UACAGGCGUGAGCCACUGCGCCCGGCCCCAUGUAGAGUUUAUAUGGCCCAUUUUUUUGGGCAAAAACCCAAAAAACAGAACAGAGACAAAAAUUUGUGAAUAGAUAUUUUGAUAAAAAUAGUUCAUAGUUAAUAUUGUACUUAGAAAACUGAAAACUAGAAUCAUUUCCAACAUAAUUGUAGUGUUUCUAUUUAACUAUGACAAGCAGAGAAAACACCUUAACAAGGAUUUUGUUGAUUGAUUCUAAAGGUAAAAUGCUGGAUUUAUUGGUCUAUGAUCCUAGAAAAUGGCUUUUGUUAUUUUAAGCCUUCUGUGAAGAUCCUCUUUCCUCACCCAGUUGAGUAAAUGUUCCUCCUUUGUCCUCUUAAAACACUUGGGGCAAAUCAUGCUCUUUUCCUCAUUGAAUUGAAAUGGCGUGUUUACACUCUAGGCUUUUGUGAUUGCAAGUUAAAGUCCCUGAAGGCAGACAUCUGAUUCUCUAGUCCUGUUAACAGUGCCAGCAUUCUCCCAAACAGGGUCUAACAUGUUCUUUAACAACCAGUUUUCAAACUUCUGUUGGUUUAGCCUUUAAAUUUCUCUUCCAUUAGUCUUGACAGACACUGGGAAUCAUCAUCAACAGACCAACAGGGUUGCUCUACCUAUGGCUACUAUUAGGUGGGGAGGCAGAUGUGUUCAGGCUCUAGAGAUGAUGACAACCUUCCUCCUAUCCUAAUUUCCAAUGUAAUUGAGGAAUGCACACUGCCCUCAUUUUGCACAGCAUUGUGACUAAGAGCAAGAACCCUGGAGCCAGGCUGCCUGCUGCCUGUAUUUGGAUCUCUGCUCUGCCGUUUACUAGCUAUGCCACUUGUUAGCUGUGUGACCUUGAGCAAGUUUCUUCACUUCUCUCUGCCUCAGUUUCCUCAUCAAUAAAAUGGGGAUAAUAAUAGAACCUAUCUCAUCUGUUUGCUAUAAGGAUGAAAUUAAAUGAGUAAAUUACAUAUGCAUGUGUGUGUGUGUGUCUAGCUGAGGACAGUGCCUGGCACAGAGCAAGUGCUACAAGUGUUAGUUGUAGUUAUUACUAUCAUUACUAUUCAGUAAUAAUAAAUAAUAAAUCUCAUAUACAAAUCCUAUUGGUUCUGUUUCCCUGGAAAAUCCUGACUAAUAUGGUACUAUACAGGUGUUAGGCUUCUUUAAAAUCCACAAAUGAAGUGACACUAGACUUACAUAACUGCUUUGUUCAAAUAAGUAAAUCUCCCUGAAAUCUUAGAAGUGUUUUCAGAAUAUGCAAAUUUCAUUGAAGAAAAUAGCCUUUCAAAGCAAGAUUUCAUGAUUUUGGUUAAAAAUAGCCCCUCAUUGGGUUACCCUAAUGCAUUUAUUCCUACCUUUCAACUUACAUGUCUACACAAACAGAGGAAAACAUGAAAAGCCACAACAGGAACAGAAACAAGAAUUGCCUACUUACUUUUGCUGCAUUCUAAGGACUUUGCAUUCAUUGCAAGGCCAUGGACAUGAGAUGGAAAAAAGUGCUCUUCUGAGAAUAGGUAUGAAGAUCUUUUGUUCCUCUCUCACUCCAUGCCCUUGGCAGAAAUAAAGAUCUAGACCUACUCACAAGGCAUUCAUAAACCCCCUAUGUAUAUGUACGACAUUUUUAGGCAAUAAAAUGCUCUUAUCCAUCUCUUACCAAUACAUUGUUUUCUAUAUCCAUGAAAAGGCUGACUCUGUGUAGAGACAGAAUCAGCGAUGACAAAAACAAUAAUUCAGAUAAUAACCAUCAGCAUCAUCAAUAUUUACUGGACUAUUGUGCAAGCAACUGUUCAAAGGGCUUUUCACUUUAGGUCUGGUUUAUUUAAGCUUCACAAUCACCUAUGAGGCUGAUAGUAUUAUUCCUACUGUAUAUGUGAGGAAACUGAGGCACAGAGCUCCAUGGAAGACAAAUUUCAGAGAUAUUUCCAAAAUGCAGGGAGAAAGGAUAAUAAAAUGAUGACAUCAAAGCCAAUAGGUAUGAAAAUCAGGAAACGUACCUCCAACCAACCAUAGAAUGGAAGUCAUUCAGAGGAACAAAUGAGAACUGGAAUGAAGUGACAACCUUUCUGAGACGAGGAAUGGACUGAGCCCGCAUAGCUCUCCACUAAGGAAGGAGAAGUAGGGGAACAGAGUCUCUAGAGUCAGGUUUUCCAGAUGCAAGUUCUUCCUCUACCACAGCUGUGUGUCCUUGGGCAAGUUAAAGUUACUUAACCCAGCUAAGCCUCAGUUUCUUCAUUCAUAAAAUGCAGGUGAUGACUAUAUUAUGUUCUUUGUGAGGACUGAGUAUUACGUUACAUGUAAAAGAGCACACAAAACCGACACAUGGUAAGUGUGCAAUAAAUGAUAGCCAUUAUUAUUGAAUGAUGAUAAAAAGGGGUGGAGAAUUCAUGCUUAAGUAAUUUGAGAGGUUCUUAUUGAUUGCAUAUCUUGAUUAUGGGUCUUCACAUAAUCUUUAACACGCUAAUCCAGAUUUUAAAUCUUCAAGAGGGAGAUUCCCUGAUGCAUUUGAGCAGUGAGCCCCAUUUUUCCUCCAUGGAAUACAAAUAAUGUCUCAUGAGACACUGGUGUUACACAAAUCACAGUCUAGGAAACGUUCUUUAUUUCACACACUUUGUACACAAGAAUAGAAAAACAGGUAAGAAAAUGUCUUUCAUUGAUCACCUGUGCUGCAAGCAAGUAACCAUCAAACAGCUCUUUAGCUUUACAAAGCAUUAUGGGUACAUUUCUUUCUCCAUUGUGUAAGUCAUGGCACGCAAACCUUAUGACCACUGUCUCUUGUCAACAUCGUCACCUUUAACGCUGAAAGUUUUCUCAGCACUUUUCCAGAGUGCUACCAAAAAUGAGUUAAAAUUGGCAUAGCUCCAGUUAGCUUGGAAAUUUAUUUUAUCAGACCAUAAAUCCUUCAGAGUGUUUGUAUUCCAUUGUCUGUUAUAAUGUUAUAAGGACACUAUUAUGUUGGGUGUUAGAAUUAAAUUUCUCUACUGUGCCUUACUGUGGCGUUAAAGUGAUGUUGAAUUAAUAUCAAAAGAACACACUAUUUAGAAGUUUUGUGUCUCCCCAACCCAGAACUGCUGGUAGAUUAUAGUGAUCAGUUUUUGUUUUAUUUAGUCUUAUGUAGGAAAGCUAUCCUACAUAGCUUUCCAGAACUGGGCAUGGGUUUAUUUAGAGAGGUUAACUAGCUUCUGUAGAAAUUAUACCCAUUGUACCCCAUUACUACUAAGCUGGGUUAAGGAAAUAUGAUUAGAAAUAAAAAUCUCCUGCCAAACCAGUGAAUCCUCUCCAUAGAAAUGUAGAAAAGAACAGAACAGUUUUAUUAUUGAAUAAGCAUUAAAUCAAACUGUGAUGCACAUCACAGGCAAUCUGCUAAGGAGAUUGUAAAGAGAGAAAGAAAUCUCACCCUUUUAUAUAGCCAAGUAGAUAUAAUUUAUUACAUAAUUGUCUUUUUCAAAAGAAAAAAAUAAAACUUCUUGAGUCUUUAUGACAAGUAGGCAGUUACAUCACAGAGCCAAGCGCCCAGGCUGAGAUUCUACAGGGUUAGGAAGACAAGACAACCUUCAUCCUCCUAGCCAAAGAAAUGUCUCUGAAGCCUCAAGAAACACAUUUCUGGGAUGCAGAACUGGCAAGAGGCUAUGUAUUUAUGAGCCUCCAUUUCUUAUACUACUGCAGUGAACCAACCUUGGAUGUGAAAAUUGCCUUUUGUCAGGGAUUCGAUAAACAAGUGGAUGUGUCAUAUAUUGCCAAACAUUACAACAUGAGCAAAAGCAAAGUUGACAACCAGUUCUACAGUGUGGAAGUGGGAGACUCAACCUUCACAGUUCUCAAGCGCUACCAGAAUCUAAAGCCUAUUGGCUCUGGGGCUCAGGGAAUAGUUUGUGCUGCGUAUGAUGCUGUCCUUGAUAGAAAUGUGGCCAUUAAGAAGCUCAGCAGACCCUUUCAGAACCAAACACACGCCAAGAGAGCAUACCGGGAGCUGGUCCUCAUGAAGUGCGUGAACCAUAAAAACAUUAUUAGUUUAUUAAAUGUCUUCACACCCCAGAAAACGCUGGAGGAGUUCCAAGAUGUUUACUUAGUAAUGGAACUGAUGGAUGCCAACUUAUGUCAGGUGAUUCAGAUGGAAUUAGACCAUGAGCGAAUGUCUUACCUGCUAUACCAAAUGUUGUGUGGCAUUAAGCACCUCCACUCUGCUGGAAUUAUACACAGGGAUCUAAAACCAAGUAACAUUGUAGUGAAAUCUGAUUGCACAUUGAAAAUCCUGGACUUUGGACUGGCCAGGACAGCAGGCACGAGCUUCAUGAUGACUCCGUAUGUGGUGACACGUUAUUACAGAGCCCCUGAAGUCAUCUUGGGAAUGGGCUACAAGGAGAACGAUGACAUCUUUAUGCGUGUGCUAAUUCAUCAUAUAUCUUUUUUUCUUGAAAUAUUUCGAAUAGAAACUAAAACUGAUGUUUAUUUACAAAGAUAACUUCUGAAGGAAAAUACCAAUACCCCAAAUACCAGGGAUUCUACUUUUUCUGCCUGCAAACUCUAGUCUCAGUUAUUUCCUAGUUUUUUGGAUUCGGUUCAAUGCACCUUAUUUUGGACCCAUAAACAAACAAACAAAUAAAUUAGGUGGUCUCUUGUUGCCCUAUUAUGUGUAAAUGAAUAGAAUAGAAAUGGAAACAGGCAGCCCUGUGGGUUAAUAUUGUUUUUUUUUCUGCAUCAAGCAAAUGGCAUCAAAAACUCCUCAUUCGCCUGCCACAAGAUAUUUCGGUUUAGCUACUGCUUUUCCAUGUCCCCAAUGUCACCACUUUGUGGCACUACUGAGGCAGUCUAAGGCACCCAUAAAGCAAUUUUUUACAUGUUAAUUUGAAUUCUCAUACUAGACACUGACUGUUAAUGUAAUAGUGUAGUGCUGGUUUUAAUUUGUUUUUUGGCCAACUUUUGGUGGGAGGUGAAAAAUUGUACCUUCUAAUAAAACUGUUCUUUUUCUUCCUCCUUCAGAAGUCAAUUAUCUUAGUUAACUUUACUUUCCUCCCUUUUCUUCACUACCCUCUCUCUCCUG